GGUGAUGAAGAACGAUUUUGGAUGGUCUUGAAGCAUAGAAAGUCUGCAUUGUGUGCUUUAAUUGUUAGAUUUGCUAAGCGAAUUGAUGAUCAUAGGUGGAUUCUUGAGCAUAAGGAAGUAAUUGAUUUUGAAUCUAGGAGGCAUUUGGCAAUGAUGAUGUUUCCAGACGUUAAGGAAGGUUAUGAUGGGUUGCAUGAGAUGCUUAUUGAUAGGUCCAACUUGUUGGAAGAAUCAUUUCAAUACAUUGCACGGGCAGAACCUGAGACCUUGCAUGCUGGUCUAUUUAUGGAAUUCAAAAAUGAAGAAGCUAGUGGACCUGGUGUGCUGAGGGAAUGGUUUUUCUUGGUAUGCCUAUUUCUCUUCAAUCCAGAGAUUGCCCUUUUUCUGGCGUGCCCAAAUGAUCGUAGAAGGUUCUUUCCUAAUCCUGGUAAGCUUGCACAGGUUUUUAUGAAUGCUUUUCCCUUGACUGCUGUUUGUGCCCCAUGAUAAAUAGUUUUAUCAUCUGCUAUGCUGGAUUGCGAAAUAGGCAGGAAUAUGUUGACCACCUUAUUCAGCAUCAAUUUGUAACUUCUGUCUCUGAACAGGUAGCGCAUUUCGCACGAGGAUUUGCCGAUAUUCUUUCCAACUCAAGAGACCAGAAGUUCUUUUUCAGAAGUUUGGAACUUGAAGAUCUUGAUUGGAUGCUACAUUGAAGGGAAAAUUCUAUUCCUACAUUUUUUGAGUAGCGAAUUCCUUUCUAUCCUCCCAUUUGAGAGAGGAUUCGGGGGUUUUGCCAAAAAACAUUCAUGUAUGUACAUGUGCUUUUAUCCUUAAGUAUUAGAGCAAGUCGUCUUAUAAAUUAAAUUUAAAGUU